AAGAAGGUUUCUCUGCGGUGUGUCCUGAGUGCCUCUGCUGGGUGCUGUGAGGGAGCUCUGAAAAGCUUAAAAUUUCCGGACAUGGGUAGAGUGACCUAUGAUGAUGUGCAUGUGAACUUCACGUGGGAAGAGUGGGCUUUGCUGGAUCCUUCUCAGAAGAAUCUCUACAGAGAUGUGAUGCUGGAGACCUACAGGAAUCUCGCUGCUAUAGGCUAUGUUUGGGAAGACCAUAAUAUGGAAGAGCAUCUUCAUAUUUCUAGAAGAUAUGGAAGGCAUGAAAGAAGUCAUACUGAACAGCUGCUCUCUGAGUUUAUCCAAUGUGAUAAAGCCUUUGCAUUUCAGAGUCAUAACCAAAGACAAGAAAGAAUUUAUACUGCAGAGACACCCUAUGAAUGUAACCAAUGUGGUAAAUCCUUUGCGAGAAAGAGUCAUCUCCUAAGACAGAAAAGAACACAUACUGGAGAGAAACCCUUUCAAUGUAACCAAUGUGGUAAAACUUUUGCUCGAAAUACUCAUCUCCUACAACAUAAAAAAGUACACACUGGAGAGAAACCCUAUGAAUGCAAUCAAUGUGACAAAGCCUCUGUAUGUCAUAUUGGUCUCCUGUAUCAUAAAAGAACACAUGCUGGAGAGAGACCAUAUGAAUGGAAUGAAUGUGGUAAAUCCUUUGUAUAUCACAGUUGUAUUAAACAAUGUAAAAGAAGACAUGCUGGAGAGACACCCUUUGAAUGUAACCAAUGUGGUAAAUCCUUUGCAAGAAAGAGUAAUCUCCUAAGACAUAAAAGAAUACAUACUGGUGAGAAACCUUAUAAGUGUGACCAAUGUGGUAAAGAUUUUGCAAGUCCCAGUUCUUUUAAAUGCCAUAAAAGAAAACAUACUGGUGAGAAACCUUAUAAGUGUGACCAAUGUGGUAAAGACUUUGCAAGUCCCAGUUCUCUUCAAUACCAUAAAAGAAUUCAUACAGGAGAGAAACCUUAUGAAUGUAUACAGUGUGGUAAAGCCUUUGCACGUUUAAGUAUUCUCCGAAGACAUAAAAGAACACAUACUGGAGAAAAACCCUUUGAAUGUAACCAAUGUGGUAAAUCCUUUGCAAGAAAGAGUCAUCUCCUAAGACAUAAAAGAAUACAUACUGGUGAGAAACAACAUAAAAGAACACAUACUGGAGAAAAAUCCUUUGAAUGUAACGAAUGUGGUAAAUCCUUUGCAAGAAAGAGUCAUCUCCUAAGACAUAAAAGAAUACAUACUGGUGAGAAACCUUAUAAGUGUGACCAGUGUGGUAAAGAUUUUGCAUGUCCCAAUUCUCUUCAAUACCAUAAAAGAGUUCAUACAGGAGAGAAACCUUAUGAAUGUAAACAAUGUGGUAAAGCCUUUGCAUUUUCAACUAGUCUCCGAAUACAUAAAAGAAGACAUACAGGAGAGAAACCCUAUGAAUGCAAUCAAUGUGAUAAAGCCUUUUUGUGUCCAAGUGGACUCCUGUAUCAUAAACGAACACAUACUGGAGAGAGACCAUAUGAAUGCAACGAAUGUGGUAAAUCCUUCAUACAUCACAGUAGUUUUCGAAUGCAUAAAAGAACACAUACUGGAGAGAAACCCUUUGAAUGUGACCAAUGUGGUAAAAGCUUUGCACAAAACACUUAUCUUUUACAACAUAAAAGAGUACACACUGGAGAAAAACCCUAUGAAUGUAAGCAUUGUGGCAAAGCCUUUGCAUAUUCUAAUAAUCUCCAAGUGCAUAUUAGAACACAUACUAAGUAUUUAGUAUGGUAAAGCUUUUUCAAAUGUCACAAGUUUUCAUAAUCAUGAAAGAGAAACCCUAUGAGUGUAUUCAGUAUGUUUAAACCUUUGCACAUUUCUAUAAUCUUCAUCAUGAACGUAUUCAUAUUGUAGAGAAAGUCUGUGAGUGUAAGCAAUGUGGUAAAGCCUUUGUGUAAUAGGGUCCUCUGAGAUCCAACACAACUCAAACUCAUGUAAUGCAAGUGACUAGAAUUUAUUGUAACGAAGCUGCUGCUGAUGGAACAGGGCUAGAGAACACACUUGAAAGCUGAACUGUGACAGUCCCCCCACUCACCUUGAUACUGAACCAGAGUGUUAUAUAGAGAGUUUUUAUGUUUGAAAACCAGAAACAUUUGUGCCAAAUUACAGCUACAUUUUCCCACCACUCAGAAUUAAUGAUAGGGGCUUUCCUCAUGUAGUCUUCUAUGUCAGCUGAUACAGAAUGUGGGUGCUACAAUCUAAUCAAUCAUAUCCAUUUGUUGUUUUGUGGUUAGGAAUAGACAUUGUUUUGAUGAAUAAAAGAUGCAUAGAAAAAGAAAUUGUUAGGGGCAGUCAUGGUUUUUUUUUGUUUGUUUGUUUGUUUUUUUUUGUUUUUUUUUUUGAGACAGGGUUUCUCUGUGUAGUCCUGGCUGUCCUGGAACUCGCUCUGUAGACCAGGCUGGCCUCGAACUCAGAAAUCCGCCUGCCUCUGCCUGCCAAGUGCUAGAAUUAAAGGCGUGUGCCACCACGCCCGGCCAGUCAUGGUUUUUAUGAACAAAAGAUGUAUAAUUGAAGCUGGUCCACUAUUUGUAAGUCUCCGGCUCCUCUAGGGCCUAUGAAUUUAACCUUAGAUUCAUCUUGUGAAUAAACUGAUGCUGAUAACAAAAAGGCAAUUCUUAGGACAAGUUUCAUUUGCUUAUUCCCAAGAUUUGCAUACCACAGUCAUUUUUGAAU